AUGUCAACCAUGAAACUCACCAUCUUGGCUACUUCUUUUCUUCACGCCGUUGUUGCGGUGUCUGCAACCGUUCUGCCAGAGCAGCCCAAACUUGCUGACGGAUUGUACAAGAGUUAUUUGGAUGAUGCCGGCAACGAAGUGACUCACUUUGUUCCAUGGGAUCAACUUGGUAACUCUACAUACGUUCCAACUGUUCAAGUCCUCCCGUCACCCACAGUCAACAAACGCUCAAUUCUCGUCAAACGCAAAGAAGGCUGUCAUCCUAAUGUCAAUAGACCUUCAUCCGAGACAGAUCAAGCCAACAAGUGUCUUAUCGACAGUUUUUCUAAUGACCCGAUUGUGACCACUGCAAAUGGUUAUAAAAGAUUCUCGUGUGUCAAGGGUAACUCUCUAUCGUAUAUUUGUUCCUACAACAGGGGUCCAGUUCUUGGGCCGGGGUCUACCACUAGGAAAUGGAAGUCAGAUAUUAAGGGCUCUUGGGACUACGUCAAGAGAACGCUUUGUGGCAUCAAUCGGCUAGGAUAUGCUCAGGUGAUCAACGGAGAGGGAGAUGUCACAGCCGGCUACACAUACAAUGGUGAUAAGUACUGUUGGUAA